AUGGCCAUGAAGGACAUUACCUCAGAGCUGGACAAGCUCGAGAACAGCAUCGACUCUCUCGAGGAUGCUCUCCAGCCCCUUAUCUCCGACCUCACCGAAAUGUCCAACGAACUGCCUCUUCUCGACAAGGCAAAGAUGUUCGCGCUGACCGCCUACGCCAUCGAGUCUCUUCUUUUCUCUUCCCUCCGUCUCCAAAAUGUGGACGUCAAAGGCCACAACGUCAUGACAGAACUCAAGCGCGUGCAGCAGUACUUCGGCAAGAUCAAGAAGGUCGAGGAGGCGCAGACGCCUGCUCAACGGACGAUGACCGUCAACACAGAGGCGGCGACGAGGAUCUUGAAGGCGGAUCUGGGUGAUGACAAGAACUUGAAGAAGAAGUUGGAGGAGAAGCUGGCCGAGGAGCGAGCUAAGGCGCUGCUCAACUCCAUGCAGAGGACCAAGAGACCCGCGCCCGAGUCGCCAUCCGCCAGCUCAUCGGGCCCAGAGAAGAAGCAGAAGAACUCGAGGAGGAAGAGCUCCGGCAAGAACAAGUCUUGA